UGUUAUAAUUCCAAUCAUUCAGUCAUUGAAAAGAUGAUACAGCAAAGGAAAAAUGAAUCAAGUACAAUGUCCUUUAAUGGUGACGCAUCUUAUACACGAUUUUGUGACAUUUUAAUGCAUUCAUUUUCUAACGGAAAAUUCACACGAAAGGAAAUGAUGGACAAUAUAGUUACAAUGCUAGGAGCAUCUUCGGACACCACUGCUACUACGAUGAAUUUUGUGAUCAUUAUGUUGGCAAAUUUCAAAGAAAUACAAGAAAAAGCGUAUAAAGAAUUGUUGGAAAUUUAUGGCACGGAAACUCCGAAGUUUGCACCAGUUAAAUAUGAAGAUCUACAACAUAUGCAUUACUUGGAGUGUAUUAUUAAGGAAACUUUAAGACUUUUUCCUACUAUCCCUAUGAUUGGACGAGAACUGACAGAAGAUUUAAAAAUGGGAGAAUACGUUUUACCAAAAGGUGCAGAUGUUUUUAUAAUGUUUAUACAAAUGCAUCGGAAUGAAAAAUAUUGGCCGAAUCCAAUGAUGUUUAACCCGGAUAGAUUUCUUCCAGGAAAAAGAAAUUGUAUGCCAUAUUAUUACAUGCCUUUUAGUGACGGACCAAGAAAUUGCAUGGGUUCCAAAUACGCAAUGAUUUCUAUGAAGGUUAUUUUAGCAAUGCUGAUAAGAACGUUCGUAUUUAAAUUAAAUCAAAGCAUUGAGAUAGACAAAAUCAAAUUAAAUUCAGACAUCGUAUUAUCUAUAGCUGAACCUAUAAAAAUUAGAAUUGAAAAACGAAAUCUCUAAAUAAUAU